CUACCAUGAUUGUUGGAGGCGUUGAAAUGGAUAACAGUGUCGUAUACGCACUUGCUGCUAUCGGUUUAGCAGUUGGAUUGUACGCCUCUACUCAGGCUAAACCACAAUCGACAGCUAAGCGGGUGGAAAGUCACAACCAAGAGAAAUCAUCAAAGAAGGCAUCAGCCGCUAGUGGAAAGAAGAACAAGAAGAAAUCUACCACUAAUAAGCCAAACGCCGGUGUUCCCCACGUUUCCGACAAAGUUGAGCAACCAGCGAAGAAGGCUGCAGAGAAGGUCGAGAAAGUAGUAGAAAAGCCAGCACAGAAAGCAGAAACACAGAAGAAAGCAACAAAAUCAGAGAAACCAGCGAAAUCGACGAAGACACAAUCUCAACAACCAGCUCAUCAACCAACUAAGCAACCAGCUAAGCAAGCUCAACCAGCUGCCAAACUUAACGUCACAGAGUUCAACGACUUGGAUGCAGGUGAAUGGACAGCCGUCAGCUCAAAGAAGAAAUCGACGACGCCAUCGACUGAAAAACCAUCUUUCAUUGAAGAGAAGCCAGCAGAAAACACCCAAGAACUCGUAGAAGAUGCUUGGGAUCAUGCACCAAAGGUUGACAGCCAGACGGUGCUUAAUCCAUCAUCUGAUAUUUACAAGGACGGCGACUGGACCUGGUCUGAAAACACCCCAGCUACAACUAACACCCGCAUGAAUGCACCUGUCGCAGAGAACAGUCUUCUCAAGACAACUAAUUCUUCAGUUGAUGAUAUGCUCGACAAGGAGCUCGAUACCCCAGAAAACAAGGCGCGCGUUAUGCGUAUCACAAAAGAAACCAAGCAAUCUGCAAAACCUGAUGACGGUUGGACAAUGGCCGGCUCAAAGAAGGCAGCUGUGAAGGAUGAGACUCCACAGCAGGUCGCACAACAAGUUGAACAAGAGCAAACAAAGAAGCAACGUCAGAAUGCAAAGAAGCAACAAGCGAAGAAUGACUCAAAGACCCAAAACGAGAAUGAGAGGCAAGAGAGAUUGCGUCAGCAUAGACAAACUAAUGGUGCAGGAGCGAAACCAUCAGGCAGAAACCCAUGGGAGGUAUUAGCAAGUAAGGGUGACUCUGACCUCAUCUGGGAUUAAAUGCAUAAUGCCAGAAAUCUAGAAAACAAAGACAACACCAAAUACAAAAUCCAAGACAAUCAUUUCUAAUAAAACGCUUGUAAAAGCACUAACUAUAAUUUCUUUAUUCUAAAUUCAUAGCGUAAAUUGAAGGCUCAUCGAGGUUUUUAUGCUGAUAACCUAAUACUUGAACAGCGCCAGCUUCGACGACGAGUUUUGGACCGAGUGUUUGUAAUUCGAAACCGAGGAAACGGGGUAUGAAAACUCUGCUAAAAUGACCAUGUGAUACUAGGACAACAUCACCAGAACCUUGUGUCUCAACACCGUUCUUCCUAUCUUCAAGAUGUUUUCUGUGAACCUCCCUAAUCUCCUUGACGAGGUUAUCAGCUCUGGCUGUUAACUCCUCUGGAGAUUCACCGUUUGGACAACCAUCAGUCCAUAUCCAGAAAUUUGGAUUGAGUGCCUUAAUUUCAGCUGGCUGAG